AUGGCCUCCGACGAAUACCACAUGAAGAAUCACCAGCAUUCCUUCAAUUCAGACAAUGACAAAGGAUGGGAAACUCAACCUCCAUAUCAAAAGCCGGACGUAGCUACGAGAGAGCGCGCUUCCUUUGAACGCAAGGUUCAUGGCUCCUGUCACUGCGGCAAAGUGCAAUACUGGUUGAACAAAGACAAGCCGCUCGCGUCCAAGUAUUGUCACUGCAUCGACUGCAAAAAGAUCCAUGGUGCUCCCUUCCAGUGGGCUGCCAUCUUAAAGAAGACGGAUUUGUCUUUUGAGAAUGGUGUCCAAGGCUUACGAUUCUACAAGACUGCAACAAAGAAAUCCGAGCAUGUUCUUCCAUGCAAAGUUGGCUGCGAUGAAUGCGGGAGCUGGAUCAUGGACGAGGGGAGAAACAUGGUACUCUUAUUUCCGACUCUGCUGAACUUGGACACUCCCGAGUUGCGAGAGAACUUUGAGAAUCAAUGCCACAUCUUUUAUCCGCAAAGAGUUGUGGAUAUUCCGGACGGAAAGCCCAAGUGGACCGGGUUGGACGAGAAGAGUGAACUGAUUGAUGAACCCUGA